AUGGGAUUUUUGAGUGGUGUGCUUAGUAACAUCCACAAGCAUUUAGGGCAGCAUAAAAAUGAAAUAAAUAUUGCAAUUGAAGCACUGAACACCAACAAACACCUUGGUAAAAAAGGUUUUAGUGUUGCGAUUGUGAAGGUGGUAGAAGGGGUGGGGAGGUAUAAUGAUGCUGUCAGAAAUUCCAACAAUCAUGUCAAGAACAAAAUAACAGAUUUCGACAGAGAGAUGAAGAGACUCAAAAAAACGGUAAGUGAAGAUUUAAAAAAUAAUUCUGCUGCAGGUGCUGGAAGAAUUGUGCAGGGAUCCGUGGACUCUGCUGACCAAUUGGUGGAGACAUGCCUUAGCAACGCAAACAAAUUCAAUAAAUCUUUAGACACUGCAAAACAUGAAAACGUGAGAAACGCGAUUAAUGAUUGUAACUCUAUAGUGCGUGAUGAUGUGAAUAAAGCGCGUGCCUGUGUUAAGCUUGAGACGGAGCAGUUCGCUGCUCUGUCGAGUAAGCAGCAGGAAGAUCGAAAGGUGAUGAGGGAGAAAAUAGAGCGUUGUUUGACAGAUCUGGGAACGUGCGUGAAUGAUAGUAUCAAGAAAAAGGUGGCUAAGCUUGUUGAAGACUUGGGUUUGAAGGUGAAAGAAAUUAAGAGGCAGCUUGUCGAAAUACAGGGCAAGUUGGUUGAGUAUAUAAGAGAGUUGACGACGUGGAUUGAUAAAGCGCAGCCUUUGAUUAACUCGGCGUUUGAGAAGGUGAAAGAGAUAUUAGAGGAUAUUAACGACGGCAACUCGGUCAAGAAACCCUCUCUAAUCAAAUCAACCGUCACGCAAAUAGAGGGAGCGGUAGCAAUGCUCAAAGGUGCAGGGGAAGACGCCGGUAAGGUUGUCAAGGAGAAAGUAUCCGCGGCGCUUAAGCAGGUGAAGGAAAUGAACGACGCGCUGAAACAGGAUUUGUAUUCAGUCAAGCAAGAAAUCCAGAAAGCAAUUGUGAAUCAUGUCAAGAAGCAAAUCAAGACGCCGUAUGAUGAGCUAGAGGGGAACGUGAAACAAGAUUUGACGACUUUGAAGGGGAAUAUAAAAAGUGAAGUGAAUGCUAUUGUGCUGAGCUCAAAUGAGUUUUCCGAUCAAUUUACUGCAACGCAACACGCAAUUGAUGCGGCAAUCCAGAAAGUGCACAAUAAGGUAAACAACUUCAAACACCUUAGUAAUUUCAACACAUUUGCAAGCGACUUUGACAGCAGCGUACCCAUGCUUACAUCAAUAGGGGCAAGUGGUAAUGACUUCUUGCAAUCGCUUAGUGAAUAUUUAAAUUUGCUGUGUAAGGAUGUCAUGGGUCCAUCAAGUAAGGCCAUGGAGAUGAUUGCGGCAGGGAUCGAAACUUCUAUAGGGACACACCGUCUUGAUGAAACCGUAAUCAUUGCAGACAAACAUAGAAAGUCACUUCAACAGCUCUUAGACAUUGACGCAUCAUCUAGCAGCAUGAGUGCUCUCAAAAUUCUCCUGGGCAAGGAUUUCGAUGCGCCGGAAUUCGAUCUUCAGAAAAGUGCUACGAAAAUAAGAAGGCUUCGUCAACAGCUCACUGUUCAACAUCCGCAGUCUGCAAAGUUGAAAAAACAAGAUUUGAUAGAUAUUCUAAACGACCUAGGCAAUAUUGCAGGCGCCGUUUCCGACCAUUCGGAGAAAGUGGUCAAGGCAGCAAUGAAAGCGAUUAAAGCAAAAGUUAAAGGGGAGAUUAGCAGCGCGACGCAGAUCAUUCUGAAUGAAGCAGGAACUAUUAAAAGUGGCGUACAAAAUGGUAAGGUCGGUGAAAAAGUGGUGUACGGUGAGCACGAUGGCGAUAGACAGGACGUCAGAGGCCUCAAGGCGUUGGUGAACCAAUUCGACACGAAAAUUAAGAGCGCACUAUCAACUUUUCGAGAUAAAUUUGAAAGUGACUUUUUUAAAAUGAAAGAACCGUCCAGCGGUGAGCACGAUUACGAGCUUGGCCCCAAUCUCAUGAAAACGUUCAAAACCGCAUACGAUGCCCUCAAGGACGGUAAGCUGAAAGACGACACUUUUCAAAAGGACGUCGAUGAAAUACUAAAUAAGGAGAUCGGCGGUACGAUAUUGGCAGGAGGUGCUGCAGCUGAUAGAAUAUCCAAUAUUGAAAAAAAUAAAUUUCCGAAUUACGAUGCUCAAGUCAACCAAGAUAGCCUUGGGUUAGAAAAUCCAGACCAGCUAGCAGGCAAACUUCCAAAGGCGAUAACAGAAAUCAAAAAGCAGGUUGAGGGCGCCGUGAAAGACGUCGUCAAAUUUUAUAGUUAUGCAGAGGAAGAUCUAAAAAAAGUCACCACCGCCCUUCAACAACUCUGCCAGGCUGUAAAAGCUGCCGGUGAUAACGCUCAUAGUGAUUUGAAACAAUUGAAAGAAACGUACUUCAAUCAGUCUGAGUUUGUAAAUGGCGGCAUCAGAAUAAUUAAGUAUCAGCUUACGAAUCUGCAAGAAGAUGACCUGACAAAAGCCAUAAAUGAAGCUACUAAGUUCCUCACCGAUGCUGCUAAGAUACGUGAACAAACCGUCGGAUCCCUAAAAAUUGACGUCGACGGUCAAGUCAAAGAAGUCAAAAGGCAACUCACCUCCGAGCUCGACAAGCAGUACAUCACCACCAUGGCGCUGCAGCUCGACCACUUCGCCGACAGGGUCACUGAGCACCUCAAGGGACUGCCCGAGGCAAUCGAAAAGGACAAGCACACCGGCUUCAAGGGAUUCAUGGAGGCGUUCGAGGGCAAGCCGGAAGUAAAGCCCAGGGACAAGUAUGCUUUCGAAGCGCCUACAGUUGAACUGAGUAAACUUGAAGCGUUUAAAGGAGCUGUUACUAAGCCACAUAAUUCCAAGAAAGAAGAAUUUAAAACGCUGUCACAGGAGUUCAAGAAAUGGUACAUCAACCUCCACCUAUAUGUCAACAAGGAGACCGUAAGGGUGAACAACGAGGAGAACAGCAAGAAGCACCCCGCUGGAACAGACGUUCAUGACUACCAACGCAGGCUCUUAGCAAUGUAUGACCGCUUCAAUGAGUUGAUGUCGCACAUCACUAACGCAAACAGGUAUGAUCAUCAGAUAUCAGGCCUGCUCGAUAGGCUGUUGGAGGCGCUCCAUGACCUCAAACCGGACGGCUUCUCUCAGCCUAGUACGCCGAUCAUAGAUUGUGUCUCCAGCGGUUUCACGAGCUUCGUUGGUUUACUCCGUAACGUAUACAUCUCCGCGUACGACACGCAGACGUUUGACGGUUUAUUGUGCACGGAAGAGACGAAGACAGAUGAUUCCGGACAGGCAAAGAAGCUAACCCAGCUGACAGAUCACGGCCGAAAAUGCGCGAAGGUGUUCCUCACACUCCUAUGCACGCUUCUGAGUUCGUUGACCGUAUUAAAGCACAAUUGCAAGUCUCUGACUAAGCAGCAAAUCAACAAAUCCACGGACGUCGGUAGACAAUUUGCCGAGCUAGGCUUCAGAGUAUCGGACGACGGCAAGCAAAAUGGCGAAUUACACGAUACGUCCCUAAUUACAGGGGAGUACGUUGCUAACAGCCUGACAUUUAGAAUUAAGAAUGCCAAUAACAUUGAGCACCUUAAAACGUGCCAACGAAAUAAAGACAGACUGACAAAUAACGUUAGCAUCUUCGACAUACUCAAGUGCAUUUACCAUCACUUCGAGGAGUACAACGAGGUCUGCCAUCUCGCUUCCUCCUCAUCCAAGUCACCUUGCAGCGUAUACGAGAUGCUCGUAUGGCUCACCGGGCUGCCUUAUACCGCUGCCAAUUCGGUCAUGCGACACGCAACAAUCACUGAGCUAUUCGAGAAUCCGGACAAGCAAGUAACGGACGGGGAGAUCUCCGGCACUUUAGUCGGUGAUUCGCCCAUAAAAGCGCGGCCAUAUGACAUCACGUUCGACAGGGUAAUUAGGGCCAUCGACCACGUCUGCUCGAAAUCGUACGACGUUCUCACCACCGUAGCUGGGCACGGUGACGCCGACACUACGUAUGGCAGCGAUUUCUGCAAUAACUCUCUGAAGCUGAGAUAUCCGUCAUCCGGCGAAGAUUGCUUCCAGAUGCUGCUCGAUGUGCUAUGGAGGCUCUUGCCGGCUCUCAGGUACCUGCAGAUGCAGUGUGUCUUGAAUGAUAAGUACAGCGGCUGGGCGAAUUGCCAGUACGGCAAGGGUGUACCGCCAAGUAAUUGGCCAUGUAGCGACCACCCAAGCGACGAAACAAAGUGCCAGGCAAACUGUCAAGCAAAUGGUAAACCAACGUGCCGACCAACUUCGCCCCUUCAGUCCUACUUACAUGACUGUUUAGUCGGCUACCUUCCCCACCGCGUGACUUCCAUCGGCUGUAAAUCGGUAUGCAGCAAUUGUCCACGGAACAAGCCCGGAAUGCCCUGCCUGACACCCAUGGGCUUCAGGGGAUUUUCCGGAUCGGCGAGAACGGGGAAGGAUAUAUAUGAAAUGAUAAAUACUUUCUUCGGUACCGGCUUAAUUUCAUCGGUUCUCUGCCUCGUACCGAAGCCGCCAUCUACUUUGCCCGAGCAUUUCAGUUUUGCUUCGUCACUUGUCAAGGACUGGCAGUACGGUGGGUCGAGCAAGGAAAAUGAUUUCCAAUCAUGCAUCGAAACAUCCAUUGACAAACUGUCGAUCAGGCUUAAUGAGAGCCGCAGCAAGUUCACAGAUACACUUCGUGAUGUAUAUGGCAGCAGCAGUAGCUCUCAUAGCGCUCAGGGUCAUGUAGCUGCAUACACCGAUCUGGCCAGCUUAUCGAGAAAUGCGACGUGUUCAGGUCUGGAUGUUCAGUGCGGCCCGUAUCUCCAAUCGACGUGUUACGAUGCGUACAAUUACCUCGCUCACAAGCACACCGACACUUACUUGUCAUGGGCGCUCUAUUUGCCAUGGGAAUUCUGGAAUUACCUGAAGUCAUUGCUCGAUGCCUUCCAACAGAUUGAUUGCGGAAGCUUCGGUUGCAGAGGAUGCCCAUGUAAGCCGGGCUCCCAUGGUAAGGAAGCGAACUGUAAGUGCAACACAAUUGUAGGCUGUCGUGGCGUUGCGCCUACAUUCUACAGUUACGGGUUCACAUUAGGAGAUGCGCAAGCUCUGAUGCGUACGGACAGCGUAAAGAAUUGCGCGAAUUUCGUCACGCAACUGAAAGCGUUAUUAAAUUCCAACUACUUCAGAACGUUGUUCGAAAAGUGCGACGAAUUCAUAUUCACCAUCCGCGCACCUUUCUUGUGGAUGACCGUCGCACUUUGGUCACUCUCCAUCUUCUACCUCAUCUGCGUAAUGGUUGGCAGACUGGAUGUGCUCCACAUACGCUCACACCUGAGGACACCGUCGUCGCACAGGAUAACGGCGCAAUCGCUGUUGGCGGCAGCGCAAGUCGGAAGGCUUGCCAAAAUAUCGUAUCUACAACCGUAA